UUAUGGCUGCGUGAGGCUAAAUGCCUCGGUAACUCUCAGCCGCGCUUGGUCCCCUUGGAGAAGGCAGAGCGGCCGGCCGGCGCUAAAGCCGUGUAGAAGUUGUGAAAGCAAACAAGCUAAGAUGGACUCAAUUCGAUGAAGGAAAGGGUGCAGGGAAGACACGUGGCUUCAGCACACUCUGAUUUGGAGGGGGGAGAGGCUGAGCUAAGGGGGGAGGAGGAUGAUGCCCUUCUCCAGCUCCGGGUCGGAGGAAGCCUUCGACUACUUGUUCAAGAUCAUCCUGAUCGGAGACUCCAACGUGGGGAAGACCUGCGUGGUGCACCGCUUCAAGUCGGGGCAGUACCACGAGAAGCAGCAGAACACCAUCGGGGUGGACUUCACCGUGCGCUCGCUGGAGAUUGAUGGCAAGAAGGUGAAGAUCCAGGUGUGGGACACAGCGGGCCAGGAGCGCUUCCGGACGAUAACUCAGAGUUACUAUCGCAGUGCCCAUGGUGCCAUCCUUGCUUAUGACCUUACCAGGAGGUCCACAUUUGAAUCUAUUCCUCAUUGGAUUAAUGAAAUUGAAAAAUAUGGAGCUGCUAACUUAGUCCUGAUGUUAAUUGGGAACAAAUCGGAUGUAGCGGAGAACCGCCAAGUCCUUUUUGAAGAUGCCUGUACACUGGCAGAGAAGCAUGGGCUAUUGGCUGUGUUGGAGACUUCAGCCAAAGAGGCCCAGAAUGUAGAUGAGGUGUUUACAUUGAUGGCAAAGGAGCUGAUAGCCCGCAACACUUUGCAGCUUCAUGGAGGGCAUCCUCCAAACAGCAUCUAUCUGGACUCCAGGCCGGUGAUUGUUAGUCCAAGUGUAGAGAAGUCCCAGUGCUCUUGCUGAUGAGAUGUCUCGAUCAUAAGAGCUGUGAAGGUGUGGCUGAUGACUUCAUACGUUUCCUGUUUGGCCUCAAACCAUCAUUCUAAUGUAUCACUGCCUUGCUGUUUUGACCUGUAACUCUCUCCAGGAGAUAAAUGUUGCAAUGGUCAAAAGUGCUGGCUUGCCUUGAACAUGGCAGCUGUUGGUACUUAAGCAAAGACUUUGAGCUGAGAGGAGAAGACUAGGCGCUGCUAGCCUGCAAAGAACUGUGAAGACUCUUACUCCUAAAUGGAAGCAACUGCCUUUGGAUAAACUCUCUGAAUAGAGUCUUCUGGCUGUGCCAGAGGCUGACUGUAACUAGGUUUUGUGCUGAAUGUUUCCUUUAGGUCAGGAAACACAACCUGCUGUAGGUCAAAUUCUUUGGUCUUCAUAAAUAGCUUUACAAUGUG